AUGUCGGAUGAUGAAAGGAAUUUGAAAAAAGUGCGUUACCUGGAAUAUUGUCAGACAAUUUGCAUAUUGUUAACUUUACUAGCAUUUGCUGAUAUUUACUCACGUAUCGGUGAGAUGAAAACAAAUUGUUGGUUAAUAAAAGAUGAAAUAAUUUCAAGACGUAAUCGACGUGCCACUGCAUCAUUACAUUCCGUUCAAACUCUGUUGAAUACAUCAAAAGAUGAAGUUUUGAUGCAUUCAUUGUCAAAAAUUAAGGCUAAUGAAUUGCUUGAAAAAUGCUUGGAAAUACAUCAGUAUUGUACGGAAAAAUCUGGUAUUGAUCGUGGACCGCCUGGUCCAAUUGGACCACCAGGGCUACCUGGAAGUCCUGGAAAGCCUGGACUACCCGGACAAGAAGGUCUAAUUGGAAUACCUGGACCUCCGGGUCCACAAGGGCCUCCUGGUAUUCCCGGAAAACCCGGAAUUUGUCCAAAAUGUCCAGUUGCUGAGAAUUUUGAAAUGCUUCGUAAAACGGAAUGUCCAAAAGUUGAACCAAUGCAAUGUCCAACACAGAUAACAGUUGACGAUGAAGGCAGAACACGAUACGCUGAACGUCAAUUACCAUAUUUUGUUAGGAUACUUCUAAAUGAUACCGAUGUGUUACCGGAAAUUGACAAAUGUAUUCGCAUUUGUCUACCAAAUAUAACAAUACCAUCUGAUAUAGAUAUUCCACCAACCAGCACCGAAAUACCGUACAUCGAAGGAGCAACAGCUCAUUGUUACUUGGAUGAUGUUGGUAAACCAAUAUUUCAUGCUCAUUCUAAUACUUAUUUCGGAUCAUGGAUGCGUGAUGCUUAUCCACAAAAUGGAAAAGAUAUGAUGAAACGUUGGAUGACAAAACAUUUUCAAGGUGACACAGUGGAGGAAUAUUUAGACGAAGGUGACAUGCGAAGGCAACGAGCUUUUGUCACUCAUCAUAUGCCUUAUCUAUAUGAUGGAACAAAUUUGAUAUUUUUCAAUGGCUCAAUAUAUUUCCAUCGUGCUGGCACUCCUAAAAUUGGCAAAUAUGAGUUAAGUUCAAAGGAUUAUAAUGAAGUGCUAAUUGAUAAGCAUGCAGCGCAUAAAGGAAAUAAUUACUUAUUUAACUUAUCGAUGAAUUAUUUCGAUUUGGCUGUAGAUGAGAAUGCUUUAUGGGUACUGUUUCAUUAUGAGGAUGAAGAGUACUUAUCAGUGGCUAAAUUAGACAUUAGCAAUUUAACAAUCUAUGAAACUUGGAAUUUAACUUUGAUUAAUCAUACCGAAGUGGCGAAUGGUUUUGUCGUAUGUGGCGUACUGUAUUUGGUAAGAAGUUCAUAUGAUUUAAAAAGUGAAAUAGCAAUUGCAUAUGAUCUCUAUCGUAACAAAUAUCGUAAACCAAAUAUUCAUUGGAUUAAUUUAUACCGAAAUGCUAAUAUGAUAUCAUAUAAUCCUUAUGAUAAGCGAAUUUACAUUUAUGAUCACGGAUAUUUGCUAACUUUACCAGCAAGAAUCACUUGGAGAGCUAAAUAG